CGGAGCUUCGGUCGCAGCCAAGGUGAACAGGAUCCAACUUCGCUGCAGCUACCCUUGACGACCUCGUAGACCCCCCCGCAGCCAUGGCCAGCAAGGGCUUGCAGGACCUGAAGCAGCAAGUGCAGGGGGCUGCCCAGGAAGCAGUGACCGCGGCAGGAGCAUCGGCUCAGCAAGUGGUGGAUCAGGCCACAGAAGCGGGGCAGAAAGCCAUGGACCAGGUGGUCAAGUCCACCCAGGAAACCAUCGACAAGACUACUAACCAGGCCUCGGAGACUUUCUCAGGUUUCGGGAAAAAAUUAGGCCUCAUAUAAUGAGACAUGGGUGACUGCCCUCCAGCCCCUGGGCUUUGGCGGGCCCUGGGCCUGCUGCCUUAUUAAAGUACAUGUUCCUA